AUGGCGGCAGAAAAGUGGCUCCAGGCUAUGGAGAAAAUCUUCAGGGUGAUGAGAUGCCCUGAUGCAAUGAAGUUGGUCUACUCCGUGUAUAUGCUGGAAGAGGAAGCCGAGGAUUGGGAGGCUAGGGAACAGAAGCAGAAUGAGUACAAUGACCUAAAGCAAGGGUCGAUGUCAAUUGACCAGUACUUUACUAAAUUCAAUGAAUUGGUGAAGUACGCCAAUUAUGGGAGAGCCCUACCUACUCCAGCUGAGAUGACCUCCAAGAAGGUAGAAGAAGUAUACAAGGGGUCCCAGUCCAAGAAGUCUCCUGAGGCCCAGGCAACUAAUGCCAAUAAAGCAACGGGCUCAAGUUAUUGGAAGAAUAAGAAGAUGAAAGGCAAGAAGCUAAAUGUGAACAACCCAUUCGACUUAUUCAAGAAGUCCAGGACUCAAAAGAAUUUUGUGGAUAGAGGCCCUCCUCCCAAGUGUAAAGGGUGUGGAAAAGAACAUAGAGGUCCGUGUGCUACGGGUGAACUGAGAAGAUAUGUGGCGGAUCCUUCUCAUGUGGUUCAACCAGAUGAUGUGGAGAUUCGGGAGAAAUUGAAAACUCCUGUUGGGACACUGAAAAUACUCGAAAGAGAUGAGAAGAGGCUGAGGAAUAAAUCCAUUCCUAUAGUGAAGGUCCAGGUUGAGGCAUUGGGACCAACCUUGAGUGACCAACCGUUGGAGCAAGCUAUGGAGCUUGAUUAG